UCGGGUCUCCCGGAGAGGGAGAGGGAGAGGGAGGGCUGCAGCAUCCCUGGCCGGCCGGCCCCCUUUUCGGACUCCUCUUUCCUGGCCAGAGGCGUUGAGUACAGUGCGGCGGCUGCUGCCUUGGGUGCCUCUUCUCCUUCCCCGAGCAGGGAAGCCUCUCCCGCCCCAGCCUUCCCGCCUUCCCAGCCCAGACCAUGAAUUCUGACUCCAGCUCCGUCUCCAGCAGAGCUUCCUCUCCGGACAUGGAAGAGAUGUACCUGAGGGACCACCACCACCACCAUCACCACCACCACCAUUCGGUGUCUUCCACCCAGAACGAAGUGGGCCAGAAGGGCUCGGGCGAGAGCCUUUCCCGGGGCGGCGCCAAGGGCUCGGCGGGCGAGAGCAGCAAGUACAAAAUCAAGAAGCAGCUCUCGGAGCAGGACCUCCAGCAGCUGCGGCUGAAGAUCAACGGGCGGGAGAGGAAGCGCAUGCACGACCUCAACCUGGCCAUGGACGGGCUCCGCGAGGUGAUGCCCUACGCCCACGGGCCGUCGGUGCGGAAGCUCUCCAAGAUCGCCACGCUCCUCCUGGCCCGCAACUACAUCCUGAUGCUCACCAGCUCGCUGGAAGAGAUGAAGAGGCUGGUGGGGGAGAUUUACGGCGGCCACCACGCGGCUUUCCACUGCGGGACUGUGGCCCACGCCGCCGGCCACCCGGGCCACGCCGCCGGCGCCGUUCACCCCAUCCUGGGCGCCGCCCUGGCGCCUCCCAGCAGCGCUUCCCUGCCCGGCCUCGGCGCGCUCCGGCCGCCCCAUUCCUUGCUCAAGACGCCGCCUGCCCCGCCCGCCCUUCAGCUCACCGGAGGGGGCGGCGGGGGCGGCGGAGGGGGCUUCCAGCACUGGGCCGGCCUGCCUUGCCCCUGCAGCAUCUGCCAGGUGCCCCCGCCUCCGCAUCUGGCCGCCCUCCCCACUCCCACGGCCGGCCUGGCCCGCCUCUCCACGGAAGCCAAGGACUUGCUUAAGUAAGAACUGGGCAGGUCCGGCACCCAAAAUCAGCUGGGCCCUUUGCCGACUGCGAGGGGUGAGCGGAGUCCGAGCAGCUCAUCCU